AAGUAUCGGAAGCUUUUUAAGCUAGGCAGAUGACACCUUGGUCAAUCCCUGGAUGAUUUUGUGCGACAGCAGACCAAAGCUUUUACCAGCUGGUAUAAAGCAGGUGGUGUUGCUACCUUCGAUGAUCUUGUGCAGCUUAUUCUGGUUGACAACCUGCUGGAGUCUGUGGGACCAGAGGUUCGAGUCUUUCUGCAGGAUCGUGACUGCAUUGGAGGCAGCCAGGUUGGCUGAUACCUUUGAAACUAACUGCUCCUUGUCUGAGCAGUCCCGUCUCUCUUUUCAACAGCCUGGCAUGAGCAAAGAUCAUCAACCUUGGAGGAUGAAGUGCCAGCCGGAAGGAGAACGUCUACGUCAGCCAACUAAGUCACCUGGUGAGUCUCGCUUCUCAACUUGUGCUCCACCUGGUGAGAGACAAACCCCUCAUCAUGGUGCAACUCGACAACAGUAUCCAGAGGGACACCAGCCAGAGCAACACCAGUUGCAACGUCAGGGAGUUAAAGGCAAACCUGUCGUCUGCUACAUGUGUAACCAAGCAGCCAUGGGUAAAUCCUCUUUGGAACAUUUGGUCAAGUAUAAACUUAAAAACGACUAUUUGAUCUGCCCUGAGACUGGUAAGGAGAUAGAGGGCCAACAAUUGUCUGACAGGUUGAUGCUUGUGAGUCUGGGGUUGGGGAAGUACUAUUGCAAAAUGGGGACCAGGAGUUGCAGCCUGUAGCCUACUUCUCAGCCAAGUUCCAAGUACAUCAGAGGGCUUACUCUACCAUUGAAAAAGAAGCCCUUGUGCUGGUACUGACUUUGGAGCACUUUGAUUUAUAUGUGGGACAAACUUCGCAGGUGAUCACUGACUACAGUGACCACAAUCCUCUAGUAUAUCUCCAAACCAUGAAGAACCACAACACAAGGCUCAUGAGAUGGACAUUGAGACUGCAACCCUCUUUUUUGAAAAUUGUAUGUGGGCUACCGUCCGCCUGUGUCUUGGACCUAAGCUAGCCCGACUGUCUGCUGUCUCGCUCUGAGUUUAGGGUUUGGCUUUUUGUCACGAGAAAAGCUGAGCUCUAUCUAAGAGUUGGAUGGUUGAGAGGAAAGGCGGUCCCAUUAUUUUGUGCCAUGGCGGCACGGUUACCACUGG